AUGCCCCCUAUGCCCCCUAUGCCCCCAUUGCCGUCGACGACGACGCCCGCCCCCCAACACGCCCCCAACGCCGACGACAACGACGCGCACCCCCCCCCGUUGUCCCACCAACGCCGUCGACGACCCCCAACGCCCCCCUAUGCCCCCCAACGCCCCCCUAUGCCCCCCAACGCCAUCGACAUCCCCUGUCGUCCCCCCAUCACUGUCGACGCCCCCAAUGGCCCCCGUUGCCCCCCGUUGUCCCCCCCAUUGCCGUCGACAAUGACGCCUGCCCCCCAUCACCCUCCAAUGGCCUCCGCCAUUCCCUCAACGCCUGCCGUUGCCCCCCCAAUGCACCCCCCAACGCCUACUGUCACCUGUCGUGCCACCACCAGCACUCCCAACAAGCCCAGGUCAACUAGGUCAGCAACCAAGGCCCUUCAAGAGGCCCUCAGUGAGGACCUCCCUGUGCAAGUUAAACAAGUCAAGAAGACUCCCAAGACCAACAAGAAAACCAAGACCUCCGCCAACCGUGAUGAAGAAGAUGAAGAGGCUGAGGAACCUACUGUGCAGAAGAUGACUGCUACAUCUAGAAUUCUCAGUGAGAGUGGGGCUGCUCUUGCUCCGCCACCUCGUCGAGCUGGGACUGGGGUUCUCCUACCUCCAGUCGCUCCGAGGAUUGUCUCCACCCGUGUUCGCCGUGCUGAUCCGGGUGAUGUUCCCCAAGUCGUAGACAAGGGGAAAGGUCGCGACUUGACCAAUCUCGGCUCAUCUGACGCAGAGGACGAGCCAGAGGAUAAUGACGAAGAAGAGGAGGAUCAGGAGGAGGAAAAGAAGUUGAGUGAUGAAGGGCCAGGGGACAUGGAUGACGAUGAAGAGAAGGAGAAGACAUCGAGCGAGGAGGAGAAGGAAAAGAUGUUGAGUGAUGAGGUGUCCAAUGCAGGUGACGACAAGAGUUCUGACACAGGUGACGAUGCCAUGGACCUCGACUCCAACAUCACCCCUCGCAACCUGCCUGCCUCCAAGCGUCAGGCUAGCGCCUCUCCCAUCACCCAUCGCCAUGUAGCUCAGCGCAGCAAGGCUGACCAUGCCAACAAUACACCUUUGCCUGCUCCUGUCUUUGCUGGGUUCAAUGAUAUGCCUUCCUCUCCCAUCGCUGACGACUUCAAUGAUUUGCAAGGCGCCUCCCGCACCAUGGGUGGAGUUGCAAGGGCCAAAGGACAUGGGGUAGCCCCCAACAUGGCUGACUUCAAUACCCAGCAAGCAGACCUUGUCCCCAUUCACAAUGAGGGCAGGGUCUUGGUGUACAAGCAUGAGGACCGCACCAUCGCUAAGCCCCGUGCUGUAAGGAUCCCUUUGGCUUACACCUUGGGGCCUGUCCUUAAGGCUAUGGUCAAGAAAAUGACCGCUCUUGCAGACUCUGACAUCUCGUUGUGGGUCAACGAUGACUGGGAGAUGAAGGGCCCAUUUGCUGUGGCUAUUGAGGGGGAUGAGCCUGUUGAGUGGGACAACAACAAGGAAAUGGAGUUGUUAAUGGUAAGCAAAUUCCGACUUGACUUGAAAAAAAUUCUGACUCUAUCUCACUCAGGAACGCUCAACCCAAGGCUCUGGCUUCCACCCCCCUCUGUCACCUCUGUCGACGCUCCCUCCACCAUCUCAUCUCUUGCCCCCUCUGCCUCUGUCUCCACUGCUGGUGCCGACACCGCCUCGCUUACCAUUUCCCAGCAGCUCACCACCGCCUUCUCCGACCCCGCCCUUCUUCAGCUUGCCAUCAUGCUGAAGGUGCCCUACAGCAUGACGCCCAAGGCAUCUCAGAAGGGUGAGAUCCUGCAGAUCUAUGCUCGGAUGAAGGCAGCUGCCCAAGUCCCAGCAAAGUGGUUGGAACUGAAGAAUGCAGGGAAGUGGAUGUUGAAGUGA